UGUUAUCUCAAUGUAUCAAAACGUGUAUACCAACAAACUAUGUCGAUAUAAACCUAGCUAUUUAACCGAUCUAAUACUUUUAGUUAAUAUUGAAAUUUAAGUCAAUUUUAUCUUCAAAGAGGACUUUUAUUGGUCAAUUUGGUCCGCGGCGUGUCAGAUUUUCUAUUUAUUCAAGUAUUUAUACAGAUAAUUCGCGGUCAGAUGAAAUAAAUCACAAGUACCCCCUUUGUACGUCAUUAACCCGAAACGUUAUAAACAUUUCAGAAAAGUGGAUAUUGGAUCAUUACCAGCAUAGUGUUUUUGUAAUCAACUGCUCUGUGUUGUUCAAACGCUUGUAUUUUUUUAGUAACGUUUGUACAAAAAGCAUGUUCAUAACCCGAGACUGAUUACUGUAGCUACGCCCUUAAUCGACUGGAACCGAUUCCAUUAUUCUGGAAUACUUUUUCAACGCAUUGUCUUGGACUUAAUUGAUACAUUUUUAAGCAGACGCGCACGCGCCAGAUUCCUCAAAAUGGACGAAGUGGCAGACGACUUUCAAGAAAAGCAGAUUGAACCGAGAAGGAGAAAACUAGCAGUUGCUCAUCAAAACAACAUCAUACUCAUUGACGCCAAUGGUAAUUCUAAGCCACUACAGCGUCUUAACAGUGUUUCUGAGACUACACCGGAUGUUUCUAGUCAAUGGAUUGAUGAAGAACCAAAUGAGGUUCAAGAUCGAUCCUCUGUCGUUUGGGAAAACUCUGUACUUCAACAAAUUCAAAGCUUGAUCAAAAAUGUUCAAGUAUCAGAAAGUCUUGCUGAAUAUAUAAACAAAGAAAUAUUAAACGAAGAUGAUGUAAAUGCAAACAUUGGUCCGAAAAGCAGACGAAAAAGUUGCUUUACUUUAAGCAAUGAUAUUCAUUCUAACACUUCCAGACGACAAUCUGUUGCAAGUAUUUGCCAAAAUAAAUCGAAGUCAUUACCAAGGACUAAUCUCAAUGAUGAAAUGUUUAAUCAUUUUAAACAAGUGAACCAACGUAGACGAAGUAGUGUUGCUCACCCGAACGGUCGCCGAGUAAGUAACGCGGGGCAAAAUCAAAGUCGCAGAAGCAGUGUGGUGCAAUAUAGUGGCGGGAGAAGGAGAAGUAGUGUUUGGAACCCUGUUGUUCAGAAUCAGGGCCCUAGUUGCCGGAGAAGUAGUGUAACCCAAAUAAACAGACGCCGGAGUAGUUUGGCGCAUGCGUAUCAACAUGGUGCAGUGCCAACAUUUCGAAGAAUGAGUAGUGUAAAUGAUAAUGAACUACCAGUGCCAAUUAAUGCUAUUUCUCAGCGCCGCAGAAGCAGCGUAAAACCACCAUGUUUUCCAGUGACAAAAAUAUCUAGUGUUCAAAAACGACUUCAUAGAAUUUACAACAAGAGACGCAGACGACAAGAUCGGGCGGAAGUAAAAAUGUCUGAUGUCCGAAAGGCGUUUAAAGGACUAAAGAACGAAGAAUAUUCCGGCGGAAGUGGAAGCGAAGAUAACACAAUAAAUGACAACGAUAACUUAACUAGCAGUACUGAAAACGAAGUGUCCGACGAAAACAGGGAUAUGUGUGAUGAAGAAAUAAUUAGUCCAAAACAAGUGACCGGAAGUGAAGCCGAGUUAAAUAAUACAGGUACUACAGAGGAUAUUAAUGAUAACAUUGCACAUUCUGAUGAACCAAAGCCUAAUCCAAGACGAAAAACAAGUAUACAAGUUCGUUCUUGGGAACUCUCGCGCAGAUUACGACAAAGGAGACGAGAGAAAAGGAAAGGUUUUACGGAAAGUGACUUGAUAUGAUUGAUAUUUGUGUGGGUAUCACUACUAUAGUGUUAUGAUUACAAAGUACUAUUUUCAGAAUCAUACACAGUAAACGAAUUGAAAUACAUAUUCAAAUACACAAUAUUGAAUGCACCAUAAGUCGAUAUAAGCUAAUAUUUAUAACAAACCCAUGUAAUUUUACGAUAUUUUGUUUUUUCUUAGAAAACAGUGCAUACGUCCAACAUUUUGAAUGGUUCAAAAGAAAGGAAGCUACUGCAAAAAAACAAAACAAAACAAAA